AUGGCCUCGGUCUUGGCCUGCGCAUCUGCCUUCUUCUUCUUCUUCUGCUUCUUCUUCCCGGCCAGCUGGAUAAAGGCCUCCAUCAGCUUGGCCGUCUCCACGCAGCCUGCCUCCAUCGCCUCGCAGUCGUCGAGGGGCGCCUUGGCGAGCAAGAGCCGGGCGCAGACCGUGCCCCAGCCCUUGCCCGUGGGGGGGGGGGCGUGCAGGCUUCUGCUCCCCUUCACGGAGACGCUCCACCUGCUUUGGACUCACAUCUCCGCCAACGCCGACAAGGCGAUGUUCGAGAAGUACGGCCUGGAGCCCGGCGGCAUCAUCCUGGCCGAGGAGAAGCACAUGCCCGUGUACGCGGAGCUGCAGGCCGGCCUGGGCGCGGCCGCCCGCGACCUCCGC